CUCCUUGAUUUCUAUUCUGACCAACACACCUUCACCAUCAUCUCGUUGGACAAUGCCAUCCUCAUCCCGUCACCAUCGUGGUGGAGGUCAAGGGGGAGGUGGCGCUGCGGAUGCUAGCUCGUCCUCGCUCGUCUACGACCCAGCGCAAGACCUAGCCGAAAAGCGAGCCCUGCGCAAGGACUAUCGCUCCCUCAUCGCAAAGACGGACGAGGCGCGGGCCAACCUCGGGGAGCAUGAUGCCGUGGAUUUGAGAAAGUAUAUCGAGGAUGGCGAGGGACUCAGAGGCAGGCUAAAAGGCCCAAACGAAGGUAUCCUCGACUCGCGCUUCCUCCUCAGUAUAUCUGACAUGGGUGCACAGCUAGCCAAGAAUAUGAAGCUCAACGCGAAUGCCUUUGAUGUGGACGAGUACAUUGGGCGAGUAGCGCGAUUCAUUGGUGGGUCAGCGACUGCUGGGGCGACCAUGGCGGGACGACGAUCUACGCAACGCACACAGACCCAGAAUGGGCGUCGCAGGUCGAGGGGACAGGUGAGCGAUGAUGAUGACGACGAAGACGAUGCGGACGACAUUGAGGACUACGACUCCUGGAAUUGGCAUCGCCUCGGCUCCAUCGCCAACCGCUUCUCUCGUCGCGCCCCUACGAUGGACCACCUCCUCGGGCCACUUGCUGUAGAAGCCCGUACACGCUCUGCCGCUCAGACCGCGGCAGCAGAAGCAGCCGCAGGGAAACGACGUCGUCUUUUGGAGCGCGCCGAGGAAGAAGAAGCGCCGCAGCAGCUUCAACAGGGUGACCUCGAGGCCAACGAAGGCGAAACGUCCAAGCUCGUACGUGACAUCUCAAAGCGACUGCGUGACAUUGGAGGACAGGAUGGAUGCAACUUGUUCGAAUUUGCAAUCGAUCCGGAGAGCUUCUCAAAUACGGUGGAGAAUCUCUUCUACGUGAGCUUCCUAAUCAAGGAGGGCAAGGCAGCCAUUGAUAAGGAGGAUGAGCCUGGGGGUCCAAUUCUGCUCGACUGCAUGCCUCCCUCGGAGGAAGAUUACGCCAGUGGGCUACGGAAGCGUCAAGUAGUCCUCGAGCUCGACUUUGCGACUUAUCGGGGGCUGAUCGAGGCGUACGGGAUCAAGAAGUCGAUCAUCCCGCACAGGAAAGCAGGUGCGGGUGCUGCUGCCAGGAAGGGCAAAUGGUACGGGUGAGACGAGGAGGGAAAGACCUUGAAGCGGGGAAAAGAAGGAGGUGACCAUGAUACCCAGAGCCAACCACAAUGCCCAAGAGGCAAGAGUGAGAGAGGCACCUCUCGCGACAGUUGCGUCCACAUCGUCACAGCUUCUACACUUCGGUUCCAUUUGUCAUCUGUCAAUUGUCAGUUACACAUCUCAGUCACAUCUUCCCCCACCUGCGCGCCUAUCUCACUUCAAUCCCCAGGUCUCUCUUCAUCCUUUCGACCACCCUUUCAUGAACCUC